UUCGGCGAGACUUCGCGAGAUUUCGUUGCUGGAGAUAAACAAACAUGUCGGAUUGUAUGUGUUAGAAGGGGAAUAUGGCAUUUUCUAUUUUAUAUUGGGCGAACUACACAGCUGGGACUAGAAAACUUAGUAGAAAGUCUGAAAUUGCUGUACAAUCAGACCAUGUCUUGAAAUUCGUGUAUGAUAAAGAUGCAUCAUGCGUACGUGGCACAGUUCAAGCAUCUAUGCGUGACAGGAGUUACAAUGUAACGAUUACCCUUGGCCCAAACUACAAUAUUGAAGACAGCACUUGCGAGUGUGUGAAUGGGCAGGAUAAAUGUCAUCACAAGGCCAGCAUUCUUCUCUAUGGGUAUAAAAACGUGUCAAAGACAGAUGUGAGGCAGUCUUGGAUAAAAAAUCCAAAGUCAGCACCACCUCGCCAAACCAAAACAAUGGAGGAACUGUUCCCUGCGCCAGAUCGAUUUGGUUUAAUAUAG